AUCUGGCCUGCGCUUCUCGGCUCCCUCCUCGGCUGGGCUGGCAGAGCGGCGCCGGCUUGGCGAUGGCCCCCUCUCUGGUCCCGCAGCUCCUCUGGAUGCCUCUGCUCCAGCUCUGCGCCGGGGCUAGCCUCGGAAGGCUGGAGCCGGACGGUCUUCGAGAGGCAGAGAGAUUCCUAGAGAAAUAUGGCUACAUGGGAUCCACUCAUCAAGGAACGCGACCAGCGGUGUUCUCGGAAGCUGUCCGGGAAUUUCAGCGGGUAUCCCACCUGUCUCUCAGUGGCAAGCUGGAUGCUUCCACCGUGCAUCAGAUGCGCCGUCCCCGAUGCGGUGUGAAGGACGCAGGGAGUUUUGCUGCGUGGAAGGAGCGUGUGGAUGCCCUGUUCUCGGGCCGGAGGGCAGAGAAGAAGCGCAGGAAACGGUACUCCCACCAAAGUGGACAGUGGUACAAACGGCACCUGACCUACCGGGUGGUGAACUGGCCCUGGUACUUACCCCAGCAGCAGGUCCGUCUGGCGGUGAAGGCGGCUUUUGAGCUCUGGAGCAAUGUCUCCUCCUUGGUGUUCUGGGAGGCCACGAGUGACUCUGCAGACAUUCGCCUGACCUUCUUCCAUGGGGAUCACAAUGACGGCACGGACAAUGCCUUUGACGGGCCAGGAGGCGCAUUGGCGCAUGCCUUCUUCCCACGCCGUGGCGAGGCCCAUUUUGACAAUGACGAGAGGUGGUCGCUGGACAGCAGCAAGGGCCGCAACCUCUUUGUAGUGGUGGCACAUGAGAUUGGGCACACGCUGGGUUUGGAGCACUCCCCAGUGCGCAGCGCGCUGAUGUCGCCGUACUACAAAAAACUGGGCAAGGAUUUUGUCCUCAGCUGGGAUGACGUGCUUGCGAUCCAGAAUUUAUAUGGGAAGCCUCCCUGGGGCGCCACAGUCCAGCUCCCGGGGAAGGUAUUCGCUCGUUUCCAAGACUGGAGCCAAGAUAUUGAAGGCAGGGAGCGCCAGGAAGGAAACCACACAGCCCAUUACUGCCGGUCAUUUUUCGAUGCCAUAACCAUAGAUCUGGAAGGCAAUCUUUACAUCUUUAAAGGUGGCUAUUUCUGGACCAUAUCAAAAGCAGGGAACACCACUGGCCCACAGUCACUCCGGUCGAAGUGGCCAGGGCUACCAUCCACCAUCGAUGCUGCUGCCUUCUCAGAGGAAGAUGGGAAAUUCUAUUUCUUCAAAGGCGGCAGGUGCUGGCGGUACAGAGGCCCCUCACUGGAAGCUGGCUUCCCCCAGAAGUGUAGCAGCACCGGUGAUCUUCCGCGCCACCCUGAUGCGGCUCUCUAUUUCCAGCCCCUCCGCCAUCUGGUCCUUUUCAAAGGCCCCAAGUACUACGUGGUUGACGAGGAGACCUUCCAGGUGGAGCCGUACUACCCCAGGAGCUUGAGAGACUGGGGAGGGGUCCCAACCACGGCCAACGGAGCCUUGACUCAUUCGGAUGGCUUUGUCUACUUCUUCCGAAAUGACCAGUACUGGAAAUUCGAUCCUGAUAAGCUGCAGGUUGUGGCCUCUGGGAAAUGGGCCCCUCAGUUGCAGUGGCUCGGCUGUCAGGCUGAAGACCCCAGUCAGGCCGGAACAUGACCUUCCGUAGAAACGGCAGGCUUGUCAGGGCCCAAAUCCAGACGUUAUGAAUGGUUUCCUGGGCCAUGUUUGCGUUUGCUCUUCGUUUGGUCUCAAGUGGAUAAACCCAGAAAGGAACUGAGAAGCGUUAAGCUGACUAUGGGCUGAGCGGAGGAGAAACCCUGGUGAAGCAAGAUGGCUUGUGAAAACGUUACUGUUCAUGACAUGACUUUUGAGCGCCUCACGAUUCAGGCAAGAGGCAGGAGCGACACCCCUUCUCCCUUGUGCAGACUGGAAGAGACUGGGCUGGCGUCUCGCCCUCAGCCAGUCAAGAGGACAGGACCAUGGGGGCUCUUCACCUCCACGCUACACCUAAUUUUGAAGGCCAGCCUUCCUUGAAAAACCCUCAAAGUCAACUUACAGUAUUUUCCUGUCUUCCAUGUUUGUCCCAGAACCUCGUUGCCAAGGGACUGGACAAAAUGGCGGGCCUUCUUUUUAGUGGUAGGUUGUAUUUUGCCAUUAGGCAGGCUGGUGCCAAACUACUUGAACUUCUGUCUCAGGAUCUCAGUGUUUCUUGUCACUAUCUGCUGUGUGGAACCGGCUGUUGCUUUUGUCUUGUGGUAAUACUGGUGAAUGGGUGGUCGCUUAUCCGCAGUUUCCUUCAACAUUUGUACCAUUUUUAGAACUGUGCCUAUUAUUUAUUAUUCUCGCUAUACUUUCGCAACAUAACGUUGUGCAUCCUUACUGUAUUCCCACAAUAAUUAUAUGAGGCAAGGCUGAGGGAUUGUAGAGCGCUCAGAAAGGGUACCCAGUGGUCAUUAUACCUGAAUGGGGGUUGAACAUCUUCUUGAUAGAAACUCAACACUCAGUCCAUUGCGCCAUGUUGGUAUAAGGUUGUUCGUUAUCUAAUGUAGAGGUCCCCAACUUUUUUGAGUUUGCAGGCACCACUGGAAUGCUAACAUAGCAUGAAGGGCACAGCCACAAAACGUCUGCUGUAGGAGAUGGAGCCAGCCACAAAAUAGCUGCCACAGCU